AUGUCGAGAAGGAAGACCAGGGAGCCCAAGGAGGAAAAUGUCACUCUCGGACCUGCUCUCCGAGAUGGAGAGCAUGCUUUUGGUGUUGCUCAUAUUUUUGCCUCAUUUAAUGAUACAUUCAUUCAUGUAACUGACCUGUCUGGAAGGGAGACACUUGUUCGUAUCACUGGUGGUAUGAAGGUGAAAGCUGAUAGAGAUGAAUCAUCGCCAUAUGCAGCCAUGCUUGCGGCUCAGGAUGUUUCUCAACGGUGCAAGGAGCUUGGCAUUACUGCUUUACAUAUAAAGCUCCGGGCUACUGGAGGGAACAAGACUAAGACUCCUGGUCCUGGUGCCCAAUCAGCACUCAGAGCCCUGGCUCGUUCUGGCAUGAGAAUUGGUCGUAUUGAGGAUGUGACUCCAAUUCCCACUGACAGUACUCGUAGAAAGGGUGGCAGAAGGGGAAGAAGGUUGUGA